ACUUCCUGUAAGGGCGAUGAUUGGCCGAGGUUCAAGAGAGCGUGGCGUAGCGUUGGCGUUUUUGCUCAGAAUCGCGACUAAGGCUUUUUUUUUUUUUUCCUGUGAACGAUUAGGCUAUGGCUGCGAUAAAGGCCGUAAACUCCAAGGCUGAGGUGGCGCGGGCCCAGGCAGCUUUGUCUGUCAAUAUAUGCGCCGCCCGAGGGUUGCAGGAUGUGCUGCGGACCAACUUGGGUCCUAAAGGCACCAUGAAAAUGCUUGUUUCUGGUGCAGGUGACAUCAAACUCACCAAAGAUGGCAAUGUGCUGCUCCAAGAGAUGCAAAUUCAACAUCCAACAGCUUCCUUGAUAGCAAAAGUAGCAACAGCUCAGGAUGACGUCACAGGAGAUGGUACUACUUCAAAUGUUCUAAUUAUUGGAGAGUUAUUAAAACAAGCUGAUCUGUACAUUUCUGAGGGCCUGCACCCUAGAAUAAUAACUGAAGGAUUUGAAGCUGCAAAGAUAAAAGCACUUGAAGUUUUGGAGGAAGUUAAAGUGACAAAGGAGAUGAAAAGAAAAGUCCUCUUAGAUGUAGCUAGAACAUCAUUACGAACUAAAGUUCAUGCUGAACUGGCUGAUGUGUUAACAGAGGCUGUGGUGGAUUCUGUUUUGGCUGUUAGAAGACCAGGUUACCCUAUUGAUCUCUUCAUGGUAGAAAUCAUGGAGAUGAAGCAUAAAUUAGGAACAGAUACAAAGUUGAUCCAAGGAUUAGUUUUGGAUCAUGGUGCCCGUCAUCCAGAUAUGAAGAAGCGAGUAGAAGAUGCAUUUAUCCUUAUUUGCAACGUUUCACUAGAAUAUGAAAAAACAGAGGUGAGCUCUGGUUUCUUUUAUAAGACUGCAGAAGAGAAAGAGAAAUUGGUAAAAGCUGAAAGAAAAUUUAUUGAAGAUAGAGUACAAAAAAUAAUAGACCUGAAAGACAAAGUCUGUGCUCAGUCCAAUAAAGGAUUUGUCAUCAUUAAUCAAAAGGGAAUUGAUCCAUUUUCCUUAGAUACUCUUGCAAAACAUGGAAUAGUAGCUCUUCGCAGAGCAAAAAGAAGAAAUAUGGAAAGACUCUCUCUUGCUUGUGGUGGAAUGGCUGUGAAUUCUUUUGAAGAUCUCACUGUAGAUUGCUUGGGACAUGCUGGUCUUGUGUAUGAGUAUACGUUAGGUGAAGAAAAGUUCACUUUUAUCGAGGAGUGUGUUAACCCUCACUCUGUUACCUUGUUGGUUAGAGGACCAAAUAAGCAUACUCUCACACAAAUCAAGGAUGCCAUAAGAGAUGGACUUCGUGCUAUCAAAAAUGCCAUUGAAGAUGGUUGUAUGGUUCCUGGAGCUGGUGCAAUUGAAGUGGCAAUGGCUGAAGCUCUCGUUACAUAUAAGAACAGUAUAAAAGGAAGAGCUCGUCUUGGAGUCCAGGCUUUUGCUGAUGCCUUACUCAUUAUUCCCAAGGUUCUUGCUCAGAAUGCUGGUUAUGACCCACAGGAAACACUAGUAAAAGUUCAGGCUGAGCAUGUCGAGUCAAAACAACUUGUGGGCAUAGAUUUGAAUACAGGUGAGCCAAUGGUAGCAGCAGAUGCAGGAGUUUGGGAUAAUUAUUGUGUAAAAAAACAACUUCUUCACUCUUGCACAGUGAUUGCCACCAACAUUCUCCUGGUUGAUGAAAUUAUGCGAGCUGGGAUGUCUUCUCUCAAAGGAUGAUUGAAUUCAAAAUCAACCCUUCUAGAAGAUGAAAUUUAGUACACUUUACAUCUGACUACUAUUGUGUAGCCUGAGCCAUUCUGAAUUUCUACACAAUAAAUGCAGUUUAUAUCUUUUGGAUCUUAA